AUACAAAUAAUGCUGUGGAUAAGCUACCUUUGAUAUAAAUCUUUGUCUCGUUUACACCUCUGCUUUGAAUCGUACUGAAAAUUCUCAGUAAGGUUAGUGUAGGAUUGUGUGUAGUUUAGGGCAGGAGAGGCACUGUAUAUCUUUCUUGGGACAUACCUGGCUGUAUUCCAUUAGUAUCUUUAUCUUGGAAAUGGGUUUUCUGGAUGUAGCUUGCCCAGCUGAGCCACUGCACCUUUGCCCGCAGUAAAUGAACAGAUCAGCUUUUCGGCCGGAGCCGCCAUCUUCCAGUAAUUCACUAAAAUGAUGAAUACAAAGGGAAAGAGGAGAGGCACCCGAUACAUGUUCUCUAGGCCUUUUAGAAAACAUACACUUGUUCCUUUGGCCACAUACAUGCGAAUCUACAAGAAAGGCAAUAUUGUAGACAUCAAGGGAAUGGGUACUGUUCAAAAAGGCAUGCCCCACAAAUGUUACCAUGGCAAAACUGGAAGAGUCUACAAUAUUACCCAGCAUGCAGUUGGAAUUGAUGUAAACAAACAAGCUAAGGGCAAGAUUCUUGCCAAUAGUAUUAAUGUGCAUAUUGAGCAUAUUAAGCACUCUAAGAGCCGAGAUAGCUUCCUGAAACGUGUGAAGGAAAAUGACCAGAAAAAGAAGGAAGCCAAAGAAAGGUGCUCAAGGUGGCUCUGUGGCCAGGGCCAUUUUGGAGAACAAAAAGUUCGCAGUGAGAGCGCUGACCAGGGAUGUGACGGGACCAAAAGCACUGGCACUCCGGGACCUUGGUGCCGAGGUGGUAAAAGGGGACCUGAAUGAUGAAACAUCUGUGGAGGCCGCCUUAAAAGGUGUCUAUGGGGCUUUCCUGGUUACCAACUUCUGGGACGAUCUCAGCAUAAAGAAGGAAGUGUGUCAGGGGAAGAUGGUGGCGCAGGUGGCCAAGCGCCUGGGCCUGAAGCACGUGGUGUACAGCGGCCUGGAGAACGUGAAGCGGCUGACGGGCGGCAAGCUGGAGGUGCCGCACUUCGACGGCAAGGGCGAGGUGGAGGAGUACUUCUGGGCCACGGGCGUUCCCAUGACCAGCGUCCGCGUGGCAGCCUACUUCGAAAACUUCCUCACGGCGUGGAAGCCCGCGAAGGCCCCCGAUGGCGAUUACUACACCUUGGUCCUGCCCAUGGGGGAUGUGCCUAUGGAUGGUAUCUCUGUUGCUGAUAUCGGAGCAGUUGUCUCUAGCAUUUUUAAUUCUCCAGAGGAGUUUAUAGGCAAGGCCGUGGGCCUCAGUGCAGAAAAACUAACAAUACAGCAAUACGCCGAUGUUUUGUCCAAGUGUUUGGGGAAAGACAUCCGAGAUGCAAAGAUCACACCGGAAGCUUACAAGAAGCUGGGAUUCCCCGUGGCAGAAGAAGUAGCCAAUAUGUGUCUUUUCUAUCAAACGAAGCCAGAUCGUGAUGUCAAGCUCACCCACCGACUAAACCCCAAAGUCAAAAGCUUCAGCCAAUUUAUAUCAGAGAACAAGGAAGCCUUUAAGGACAUGUAGAAAAUCAGCAGUGCAGACAGGCCCUGACCACACAGCCUUUCUUCGCUGAUCUCAUUCCUCUUUGCAACACAACAUUCACAGUUACAGUUACAUUUACAGUUACAGAACAUACUAGAAUGCAAUUAUUUGCAACACAAAAGGAUUUUCUGCAGUCCUCUCUUCAGUAGUAACACUGCCUUGGUGAUUUGACACAGUGAUUUGAUUCACAUUUAACUUUCUGGCUAGUGAUAAGGGUAGUGCACCUGUUCGGUUAAAUGAGAAGUCCCAAACUCCUAUCACCAUUUGUAGCUCUCUCUCUCUCCUCAAGAUUCAACUUCCCUCAAAAAACUCUGGCCUGAGGAACUUGGAGCUUCUCUCCUAACAUGAAUGGGAGGCCACUCAGCUUUCUCCUGGGUGAGUGAUCUCAAGCCCUGGCUCUGAAAUUCCCCAUGGCAGCUCCAGUUUUCUCAAGGGCAUUGCAAAACUCAGUGAACUUUUAAGUCAUUGGAAUUUUAAAAAUGAAUAUCUUUGUAGAGAACUUUCUGGAGAACAUGGUAUUCAAUGAACAAGCACAAGCCCUAGAAACUCUAAAAUUCGGUUUUGCUUCAAGGUUGGAAGUUCAUUCUCUGAUUCAUUCAUUAAAUCAUCUAUUGAAUCAAUUAUUUAUUUAUUCAUUUGUCUAUUCUUCAUUUACCCACUGUGCAGACAUUUUUCUGUAGCACCAGCACUGCUGGUGCAUUUGUGGACUUUGCUCCCUUCCUGUAUGCUUUCUUACUGGAAUGAUCCACUCUCCAAAGGCCACUGUGGUUCCUUUUCAGUUUGUGACUGGGUUUGUGUCACGCCAGGGCAAGAGGGGCCAUCCACCCAUUUAUCUCCAAGUGAAACCCAGAGGAUCUGCAGUGAGCGAAGGCCAGGAAACUGGAGGCAAGGCCUGGUGGGGAAGUGGAAAGAGGAGGUGACAGAGGGCCCCACACAACCUUUGCAUAUCUCUGGCUUAGCAUUUUCUAUACCAUCUUGCAAUAAUCUUAUUUACUGUUAAUAGUUUUCUUCCUGGCUGUGAGUGACUUAACACUCCUCUUUAUCCUGGUGCCUGGUAUAUAAUAGAUGAUCAAUAAAUGCUGAUUGACUAAAUGAGUGCAUAAUGUUAAUCGAUGCUAUCAUUACAAGAAAACAGAAAAACAGGUGAAUAGGUUGAAGGGGGAGUGGAGAUAAGAACUAGCAACAGAUACUUUUAGAGUGAGAGAUUGUCCACCUCUGGGGUGGGGGGAACCCCACUACCCAACAUAUGGUGCUGGGAACAACAGAGCGAGGACAGGGAUGGUGUGCGUGUGAGAGGAGACA